CCCUGGGACCCUCAGCAGGUUGAGUAUCUUCUUCAGAAUUACUCAGUUGGCCAUCCUCUCACUGACAUACUUCAAAGAUGAUCAAGUUCCAGUCUGAUGUGACCCAUCUUUCAUCUCCAAACAGUGAACAAUCAAGAUCAAGAAUGGCAUCUCCUACUCCAUCUUUACCAGAUUCCACUGCUUUCAGCUCUACAUCUGUAAGCACUCUUGGAGAUCAAAGUCUUGAAGAUAGCAUUUCCACAAAGUGCUUUCUUUGCCAAGAUACAUAUACCAUACCAAAAGUGCUCCCAUGCUUUCAUACCUUUUGUCAGCCAUGUCUUGAGAAAAUUCAGGAGUCCCCUGAUAAUAUCAAGUGUCCUCAGUGUCAUCAAGAGUGUAUUUUAACAGGUCAGGGCAUUGGAGGAUUGUUGUCAGACUAUGCUAUUAGUAACAUACUGGAAUCUACUGCUUUGGAAGGAAAUUCCCCUUGUUGCACAGGCUGUAAAAGUAAAGAGUCAAAUGCAGUAGCCCAUUGUUUUGAUUGUGCCAAUUUUCUUUGUUCCAACUGUGUAAUGGCUCAUCAGUUCAUGCAUUGCUUUGAGGGUCAUCGGGUUCUUACAUUAAGUGAGUUACAAAACAACAAAGAUGAUAUAAAGAUGGAAAAACCCAUAAAUUGUACGAGACACAAAAAUGAACUGUUAAAGUAUUUCUGCCAAACAUGCAACAUUCCAAUUUGUAAAGAAUGUUCAGUUUUGGAUCAUCCAAAAGGUUUGCAUGAUUUUGAGUACUUGAAGGAUGUUGCUUCACAACAGGUAGAGACUAUUAAUCAUAUGAUUGAAAAUAUUAGAGUCAAAGUGACUGAUCUACGAAACGUUCUAAAGACAAUUGAACAUUCAACCAGCCGUCUCCAGAUGCAGUAUCAGAGAGCAGAAAACGAAAUUAAGGAAACUUUCCAAUUUUAUUGCUCAAUGUUGGAAGAAAAAAAAGAAGAACUCUUGAAGGAAGUAGACGGUGUAUACAAUACCAGAAUGAUGUCUCUGAGUAUACUGGGACAAGAAAUUCAAAGGAAUAUUGAAAAGAUUAUUCAAUUAAUGGAGUUUGUGGAUCGUAUUAUGAAGUUUUCAAGCAAUACUGAAAUACUCAUUUUCAAGCAACUGCUUGAUUCAAAGUUCCAGGGUGUGCUUACUUACAAUCCAGAUAUUGAUGUUCAAGAUGGAGACCUAGAGUUUGUUUCAAAUUUUCAGGCAAUUCAGAUAGGUGUACGUAACACUUUUGGAUACAUUCGUCAAAGUUCAGAGAUGACACUUUCAUCUAAGCCUCAGGCGAUUGCCAGACCAAAUGGUGUUAUAGGCUCAGAAAGAACAUAUCACAAUGGACAUAGUACAUAUGAGUCUAAUAUUCUUUCAAAGAGAUUCAGUUCUGCUAACAGUUUGAGCCCUUUCUUGACCAAUUUGGGUGACCUUAACCCUUAUGAAAAAUGGUCAAGUGCACCAAAUGACAACUUGCAAAAUGGUUCAGAUACAUAUUCUCUUUCUUCUGACCAAGUAACUGAUCUCUCCUCAAAGUUGCUUUCUUCCACCAUCUACCCCCUGAAGUCCCAAAUUAAACGUCAAAAGAUGAUAUAUCACUGCAAGUUUGGGGAAUUUGGUGUUAUGGAAGGUCAGUUUACUGAACCAAGUGGUGUGGCAGUAAAUGCACAGUGUGACAUCAUAGUUGCAGAUACAAAUAAUCAUCGUAUUCAAAUUUUUGAUAUAGAAGGGCGUUUUAAAUUCCAGUUUGGAGAAUGUGGAAAGAGGGAUGGACAGUUGCUCUACCCAAAUCGUGUUGCAGUUGUUAAAACUUCUGGUGAUAUAAUAGUUACAGAAAGGAGUCCCACUCAUCAAAUCCAAAUAUACAAUCAGUAUGGUCAAUUUGUUCGCAAGUUUGGAGCUAAUAUCCUUCAGCAUCCAAGAGGAGUGACAGUGGACAGCAAAGGACGUAUAAUUGUUGUUGAAUGCAAAGUAAUGCGUGUAAUAAUCUUUGACCAACUAGGAAAUGUCCUUCAAAAGUUUGGAUGCUCUAAACACUUGGAGUUUCCUAAUGGAGUGGUGGUCAAUGAUAAACAAGAAAUCUUUAUCAGUGACAAUAGAGCCCACUGUGUGAAAGUGUUUAACUAUGAUGGAGUGUUUCUGCGGCAGAUUGGAGGAGAAGGGUUAACCAACUACCCCAUUGGUGUUUGCAUCAACCAAAAUGAUGAAAUCCUGGUGGCCGACAAUCACAACAAUUUCAACAUCACAAUUUUUACUCAAGAUGGUCAGCUGGUGAAUGCUCUUGAAAGUAAAGUGAAGCAUGCCCAAUGUUUUGAUGUGGCUCUUGUAGAGAAUGGCUCUGUGGUUUUAGCCAGCAAGGACUAUCGUAUUUAUGUCUAUCGCUACAUGCAAAUUCCAGGAAUAGGAAUUUAAGCAAAAUGCUGUUGCCUUCAUAUUUAAAAGGCUGAUGAUAUUUUUUCUGAUCUCCUUCAGUUGUUCUGGGUAUCAAGAAUUUGAAGAAUUAUCAAGAGUUUGGUAUAUUUUUUUUUAUUCCAACAGAGAUAGGUGACACUUCGAGUUUGAAUAGGUUCUGUUCAAACAAAUUAACCCAACCAGUAGUUGGCAUCUAACAUAUCUGAACAGGGCAGCUCCAGAGGGAAAGAUAUUCUUGCAUUUAAAUUAGUUCAGAAAGUCUCUGUCAGAGCCUUGAUUUUAUCACUUGAAUGUUUGUUUUUGUGGUUAUUUACAACAGAUGAAUUUAAAAGGCAGAGUGAAAAUCACUGAACAGCUAUGUGUAACUUAUGUUUUCUCUAAUGUUUAUACAUUUACAACAGAUACACACAGAUUGCCUUUGGAGGCUGUUUGGAUGGCCAUACCUAGCCUGUCCAUACUAGGCUAUGAAAUUAUCGUAUAUGGUUUACCAGUCCUAGUCAUCGUCCACAGCUUCCUUGAAGUAUUGGUUUUUUCUUAGACACGUUAAAAUAGUUUUCGAUAAUGUUACCUUUAUCUCACAGUUUAUUAUUUAUUGUGAAGUAACCAUCAACAUAAUAUGCCAAAGAUGUGAGAACACUAACUACUGUGAUCUUUAAAACAGUGGGGCCACUUGUUGAGAAACCAAAAUUAAUUUUAAAUAUUAUUGAAUUAUGACUGCAGUGACACAGCCCAGAGUUUUAUGUGUGUGUGUGUGUGGAGUGCAGCUAAUGCAAAUGUACUUUUCCAGUUAUGUUUUAUAUGUCUACUCUCCAAACUUAAUGGGUUUUUUCUUAUAAUUUUUGUUUAGCUAUUGUGCCAAUUUGUUAUGUAAAAUCUUAACCUAAUUUAUUCAACUGUGAAGUCUGUUUAUUGAAGUUAUUCAGAUGAAGAAUAAAGUAAGUUUAUAAAAAAAUAUCUAUUAAAGAACUCAGAAUUCACUUUUACCUAGUCAGUUUUGAACCUUAAAUGUUAACUAUGAAUAAGAUUUUGUUCAAAUGGAAAAGUUUAAAAUAAUAAAUAUGGCAGGGAGAAGUUGCAAGCUUCCAGUUAUAAACUUAAUUUGAAACUUGUUUUUAUUUUAAGUUUUUCUUUUUUUAGGUGUUCUGUAGUCAAAUACAGAUCUGCAAGUUUGAUUUUGUUAGGAGUUUGAGUAAUCAUGUUAAGUAGGUGUGAUUUGGUUUUUUUUAUACAUGUUAUUUUAGAGCCAUAAUAUUUUGGCCUUGUUCAGUUAAGUAUCAUGUGAAUUAAAGAGUAUAGUAUAACAUCAAUUAAUUAUUUUGCUGCUUCACGUCAAGGAAUGUUUGAGUGAUGUAUAGCAGCAAUAAUUCUAACUAAGCAUGCUAAUUGUGAAGUUUUUUUCUGAGUGAAAAAAAAUUUAUCAGCAUAAUGAGAAAAAUGUUUCAUGCUCAGAUUGUUGAAUAUGUUCAGAAUUACACAACACGUACAGUUAUAUUUUUUAUGGCUUUUGUGAAUUGUAAUUUAUCUCAUGAAAUUCCACAUUGUGUGUUGUUGAUGUUUAUUUGUCUGCAAAAUAAUUUUUUUUUUUUAAUGUAGCUACCUCGUCCAAGCUGCAAUAGUUGGACGCAAUCAUUUCAUUCCUGGAAUAUCUAGUUCUUUGAAAAAAUUUGGAAUAUGUUGUUUAUAAGGUACGGUGUACUUUGAUGAAUGCAACCAGUGGCUUUCUGGUGUUUUUAAUGAUCUCAAGAGAUGCAUACUUAACAAACUCAAAAACUCUAGCAAUACUGGUUGUUUACAUCUCUGCAUGACUUGUGUAUGUUACAAAGCACUAUAGGAACUGUGGAUGUUAUAUUUAUCAUGGUUUAUUAUAAAAAGCAUACAACUGCUUGCUGUAUUGAAAAUUAAGAAAUUUUAAAGAGAACUUAAUUUUAGCCAAAAAAAAAUUCCAUUCUUGUAGGAAAGUUUGGGUAUGAUUACUUGUUGAACUUAAUGAUAAGCAGUAGCGAUAGCAAUUUCUUGUAAACAAUGUUUGUGGGCGAUUCCUUAACUCUGUCACUGGGAAGGUUGUACAGGAGUAUACCAUAAGUUGGUUUG